GAUAGGCUGAACUCCCGAGGCUGAGGAGAAAGAAAUGUGAGCAUUGGUUCAGCCUUUCUGGGCCAGGAGAGGAGUAGACUGAAAACCCAACAGGUGUCAGAGUCGAAACUGGUUUGCACUCGCGGGGAUUCUGCAGCGAGAGAAGGAAGAUGACUUGAGGUUGGCCUGAAAAGAGGGCCGUCCUCCUGCGCGGCAAUGAAAAAAGCCUGGUAACAUACCCCCGCAACGUAACAAGAAGCAGAAAGAUGAGGAAUGCAAUGUUAAUUCUGAGGUGUUGAUGUUUUACAAUGCCCAAUCAAGACACAAAGGUGAAGAGCACUGAGAAAGCAACUGAUAAGCAACAAGGGACCACCACCAGGGACUAUUCAGAUCUUAAAAGACUUCGGUGCCUGUUGAACGUCCAGUCAAGCAAACAACAGCUUCCAGCCAUUAACUUUGACAGUGCCCAAAAUAAUAUGACAAAGUCUGAGCCAACUGUCAAGACAGGGGGACAUAGAGCUCGCAGUCAAUGGCAUGAGUCCACAGAAUCAGUUGAACUUGAAAAUUUUAGUAUAAACUAUAAGAAUGAAAGGAAUUUCAGCAAACAUCCACAGCAUCAGUUAUUUCAGGAGAUCUUUACGGCUCUGGUGAGAAAUAGACUCAUAUGCAGAGAGUGGGUUAAUCGCGCUCCAUCCAUUCAUUUUCUGAGAGUGUUAAUUUGUCUGAGGCUGCUAAUGCGGGAUCCAUGUUACCAGGAAAUACUCCAUAAAUUGGGUGGUAUUGAAGAUCUUGCUCAGUACAUGGAGAGCGUGUCCAACGAGUACCUGGGCUAUGCUGAGGAGCAGCACUGUGUGGACAAGCUGGUCAACAUGACGUAUAUUUUUCAAAAACUUGCUGCUGUGAAAGACCAAAGAGAAUGGGUCAUUGCAAGUGGAGCCCACAAGACAUUAGUGAAUUUGCUGGGUGCCCGAGACACCAAUGUCCUGUUGGGUACUCUCCUGGCACUGGCUAGCUUAGCAGAGAGUCCAGAGUGUAGGGAGAAGAUCAGUGAACUCAAUGUAGUAGAAAAUCUGUUGAUGAUUCUACAUGAAUAUGACUUACUCUCUAAAAGACUCACUGCCGAGCUUCUGCGCCUGCUUUGUGCCGAGCCCCAGGUGAAGGAGCAGGUAAAACUCUAUGAAGGGAUCCCCAUCCUGCUCAGUCUGCUCCAUUCUGACCACUUGAAGCUGCUGUGGAGUGUGGUCUGGAUUCUGGUCCAGGUGUGUGAGGACCCGGAGACUAGUGUGGAAAUCCGUAUCUGGGGUGGCAUCAAGCAGCUCCUUCAUAUUUUACAAGGAGACAGAAAUUUUGUUUCUGACCGUUCCUCCAUUGGAAGCCUGUCCAGUGCAAAUGCUGCAGGACGCAUCCAGCAACUUCAUAUGUCAGAAGAUUUAAGCCCUGGGGAAAUCCAGGAAAAUAUUGUCUCCCUCCAAGCAGCCUGCUGUGCUGCCCUCACUGAGCUGGCCCUCAAUGAUACCAAUGCCCACCAAGUGGUACAGGAAAAUGGUGUAUAUACAAUAGCAAAAUUAAUUUUACCAAAUAAACAAUCAAAUGCAGCAAAAACUAAUCUACUACAGUGUUAUGCUUUCAGAACCCUGAGGUUUCUCUUCAGUAUGGAAAGGAACAGGCCACUCUUUAAAAGACUUUUCCCCACCGACCUGUUUGAGACCUUCAUUGACAUAGGACAUUAUGUUCGUGAUAUCGGUGCUUAUGAGGACUUGGUAUCACAGUUGAAUUUACUGUUGGAAGAUGAGCUGAAGCAAAUUGCUGAGAAUAUUGAAAGCAUCAAUCAGAAGAAAGCGCCCUUGAAGUACAUAGGUGACUAUGCUGUGUUGGACCACCUUGGAAGUGGAGCUUUUGGCUGUGUUUAUAAGGUUAGAAAGCGUAGUGGUCAAAAUCUUUUAGCAAUGAAGGAGGUCAAUUUGCAUAACCCAGCAUUUGGAAAGGAUAAGAAAGACCGGGACAGCAGUGUGAAGAACAUUGUUUCUGAAUUAACAAUAAUUAAGGAGCAGCUUUAUCAUCCCAAUGUUGUACGUUAUUAUAAAACAUUUUUGGAAAAUGACAGAUUGUAUAUUGUUAUGGAGCUGAUAGAAGGAGCCCCACUUGGAGAGCACUUUAGUUCUUUGAAGGAAAAACAUCACCAUUUCAGUGAAGAACGACUGUGGAAAAUAUUUAUACAGUUGUGCUUAGCUCUUCGGUACCUACACAAGGAGAAGAGGAUUGUUCACAGAGAUCUCACGCCAAACAACAUUAUGUUGGGAGAUAAGGACAAAGUGACAGUUACUGACUUUGGCCUGGCAAAGCAAAAACAGGAAAGCAGUAAGCUCACGUCUGUGGUGGGAACGAUCCUCUAUUCUUGCCCAGAGGUCCUGAAGAGUGAGCCGUAUGGUGAGAAGGCUGAUGUCUGGGCUGCAGGCUGCAUCCUUUAUCAGAUGGCGACUCUGAGUCCUCCCUUCUGUAGCACCAACAUGCUCUCCUUGGCUACUAAAAUAGUGGAGGCUGUAUAUGAGCCAGUGCCAGAAGGUAUCUACUCUGAAAAAGUGACAGAUACCAUUAGAAGGUGCCUCACUCCUGAUGCGGAAGCCCGCCCAGAUAUUGUAGAAGUUAGUUCCAUGAUAUCAGAUGUCAUGAUGAAGUAUUUAGACAGCUUAUCCACAUCCCAGCUAGCCUUGGAGAGGAAACUGGAGCGAGAGCGGAGGCGCACACAGAGAUAUUUUAUGGAAGCCAACAGGAAUGCUGUCACAUGUCACCAUGAGCUGGCUCUUCUGUCCCAGGAGACCUUUGAGAAGGCAAGCCUGAGCAGCAGCAGCAGUGGGGCAGCCAGCCUGAAAAGUGAGCUUUCGGAGAGUGCAGAGCUACCUGGAGAGGGCUGCCACAACCCCUGCGGGAAGGAGGAGGACAGGGUCUGUGAGGAGGUGCUGUCAGAGGACAACUUCCAGCUGGAGAGUGUGGAGAAAGAUCUGUAUUCUGAGCUAGACGAUGAGCUGGACGUCUCGGACAACUGCAGCAGCUCCAGCUCAAGCCCUCUAAAGGAGUCUACAUUCAGCAUUUUAAAGAGGAGUUUCAGUGCUUCGGGAAGAGAACGGCACUCACAGGCGAGGGACUUCAUUGGUGCACUAGGAGCAAGACCAAGACCAGCAUCUGCAGGCAUUGCUGUAUCCCAGCGGAAAGUGCGGCAGAUCUGCGACCCCAUUCAGCAGAUCCUGAUCCAGCUGCAUAAAGUCAUCUACAUCACGCAGCUCCCUCCAGCUCUGCACCAUGAUCUGAAGAGAAGGGUUAUAGAGAGAUUCAAGAAGUCCCUGUUCAGCCAGCAGAGCAACCCGUGUAACCUGAAAUCUGAAAUUAAGAAGUUGUCGCAGGGGUCUCCAGAACCCAUUGAGCCGAACUUUGUUAUCUCAGAUUAUCACUUACUUCGCCAUUCACGGGCUGCAAACAACUGGUCCCCAAGUGACCCCACAGGUCCACCCAGCAGCCUUGAAGUGGAAGAGGGAAUUACAUAUGAGCAGAUGCAGACUGUGAUCGAAGAAGUCCUAGAGGAAAGCGGCUAUUACAACUUCAUAACUAAGAGAUCUUCUAGGUCUCACUCUUUCCCAUGGGGGAUCAAGAGCUACACAGCCAAAAGAUGAGAGCCCUGCAUUGGAAAAGAAAAUGGAGUUUCCCAGUCAAGUUCAACUUCCAGGCGGGCUUCAGCCACGACUUGACAGCAAGAUGCCCAGGACAGCAUGAGAAAGAGACACAACGCUGCAGAAGUGUUUUUAUAGUCCUAUGGGGGUGUGAGGCAGCCACAGUGCUGGGCUCUGUCCCUGGUGUGCAUUACAUGCACAAUAACAGGCUAUCAGUGUGCUUCUGGGAGAAAAUAUGGCAAAAUGGCUACCAGGGCUGGGGCACAGCAGUAGCAGCACAGAACUUCCUGUGAGGUUAAACAUGGAAACAGCUUAUAUUUUUCAAAAGAACACUUUAUACUUGAGAUAGUUGAAAGUAUGCUCAAAAGUAUGUAGCCUUCCAUGUACACAGAAUAGUUUUAGGUAAAAUAAUUACAGGACCUAGUGCAAAAUAUUUGGUAUUCCAUAGGGUUCCCAUUUUUUAAUCUUAAAAAAGAAAUUUAGAACAUGGUAGUUUAUAAAUGAAAUGAUUGGUUCUCUGUGAUCCACAUGGGUGCUAGAGGUUCUGAAAUGUGACACAGUGUAGACAGUAUUUGUAACCUUGCACACAAGUAUCUGAGUUCGGAUACUCAGAUCACAGCUAGUAGAGUCUAUUGCUGUACAAUAUGUUUAUGUGGCUUAUGUCCAGGGAUGGAGGGAGGCUUGCUUAGGCUGGUGCUGGCUGCUAAUCAAGCUCGCUGUGUUUCUAGAACACAUUAAAGAAGUCGUAGACUGUGAAAGAGAUCACAGUUCUUAUUCUAGACCUUACUGAAUUACCGGUGUGUAAGAUAAGCAUAUAUUGUUUGAGAACUCUCCCAAAAUUAUAAACUAAAAUAUAAAUUCCUUCUUUAUCCACUGAGAUAGCCCAAAGAGAAGUCAGAAUGCCAAUCCUAGGGGUGAGAAUAGCAUCCCAUCUCUAUGCAGAGAGGAUUUACUAAGACCCUGGGCUCAAAUUACUCCUCUUCAACUGGCUUCUGAUAACGCUAGUGCGGCACCAACUCAAACUGUACAUGUCCCCAUUUCAGGAACAACUUAUUGCAAGUAACUAGCAAGUUUAACUUCCCAUUGGUUUUCAUUGUUUUUAAUUACAUUGCUAUAUUUUAGCAUGAUUGAAUAGUGCAAUAAUAUUGGCCACCAUUAGAAAACAGUAUAAACUUCCUGAAUAGUAUGCAAAUCACUUAAUGUGAAGUCAUACUAUUUCUUAGAAUUAAUGUGCUUAGCAUUUAAACCACACCUCCGUUCUCCUUGAUCGCAUACUAUCUGAUGCCUUUGAGGGUUACUAAUGAUUUCUUUUUUGUCUUUAAGUGAGGAUAACAACUAAAAUACCUGUAUUUUAAAAUAUUAAAUACAGUGAUGAAACAACUCAAUUUUAACUUUCAAAACAAUUCCAUCCAUAUAUGAAUUUCACAUAUACCCCUGUCACAACUGCUCAGGCCCAGCUGUGCAGUAGCUGGUGGGUUCCUCUUGAGUCCCCACCUUCGUACUUCCAUUUCCCCAUCUCUGCAGCCAAGGACACCUUAUUCUCCAUGUAGGCACUGUCAAAGGAAGCCCUGUAAUGCAGCCAUUCUCCCACAGUGAAGCUAGCCUCCCAAAGAGCUCAUUCUGUGACCUUCAGAUGGGAACAAGAACAGUCAUUUUGUCUUGAUCAGUGGAAUUGUCUUUACUUCAAAGAAGUGGCUACUUGAGACUAACGUGCCUCAUAAUCUCUUCUUGAUUGCAUUUACAUUUUUCUUUUUGUCUUGUAUAAUUUUUAAUGAUUUGUUUUUCAAUGAAAUCCUGUGAAUUGUUGAAUCCAUCUCAUUCCCAGUGACCGAAUAUUGUAUAGGGUAGAAUUUGAAUUAAUCUCUUCAGAUAACUUUUGAUGCACAAAUGCUUCAGCUAAUUAUGUUUUGACCCAGCAGCUCUGUUUAUCUGUACUUGAAACUUCAGUCCAUUCCUUAAAAGCAAAAUGCUCCAUUCUCGGGGAACUGGCUACAGCAAAGAUAUUUCUUGCUGUAUUUCUUUUUCUUGUCUUGUGACAGAUGUACAGUCUUUAUGGGAAUAAGGAGUGACAAGCAGACAGACACAGUUGUUAGAAGAAUUUCAGAAACACACAUGCAUGCACGCAUGCACAUUGGGGGGCACUGUUAUGAAGUUUAUACUAGUUAAGGUCUUCCUACAUAAGUGCCACUUGAGACUCAUUAAAUGUAAUGCAUUUUAAUGCUCAGGGACAAAUAGGGAACUGGAUGAGGAUGAUUAUACCUAAUUCCAUUGACAUCACCACCAAGUCACCACUUAUGUUUGAGAUUUUUGAAGGCAAUAAUAUCGACUAGUCCAUUCUAUCAGUAUUAAUAAGCAUAGAACAUACAUAUAUCCCCUUUUUAAUCUCUCUUUCUCUCUGGAAUUACCUAAGUGAACAUGAUGUGCUCCUUUAGAAAUGCCCACAUCGUGUGUGUGUGUGUGUGUGUGUGUGUGUGUGUGUGUGCAUCUUUUAUUGUUCGCAUCCUACUUUUUUGAAAAUGUUAGAUUCCAAGAGUACCAAAAUAACCUGCCAGACAGUGCAAGGCCACCUGAAUUGGACAGCUUCUCAGCCUGCAAAGCAUGCAGCAGUGGAUGGACGCUGAAGUUGUUUUUAUGGUUAAAAUAUUCUGCUAGCACAUGCCACUGUUGGAUGCUAUUAACCCACAUGGACGCUAACUCACAUGUCUCAAAGAAGCAACUUCAUGAAGAGACAUUCGUUAACUUGCAUGAGGCAAGUGUGGCUGUUAUGACUGCACUGCUGAUAUUAUUUUGAGAUUAUAAGAGGGCCAGGGAAGAUUUUGCACUUUUGAUGAGGUGACAAGUGGAUAUCACUAGCAAUAUCAUUUGCAAAAGUGAGGAUGGUACACCCUGAAGUCCCAGCAGCCUCUUCACGUGGGAAGUCUGCUGGACUUCACAUCUGCGCAGCAUUUGGCUGAUUAUAUUGGGAUGUUUAAGUUUGGUUCAUAUUGUAAAAAUGAGUUCACUUCAAUUGAAAGUGGGCUAUUAUGUUUCUGAAAGCAAGAUGCUGCUCUCCUUCCUUUCAUUAUAUUCUGUGAAGCCAGCUCUGCUAUGUCUACUGUCAGAAAUAAGAAAAACACAUGAACAAUGUGGCUGCUACAUGAGAGCUACUCCAGGUAGCUUAUCGGUUUCCUCUGAACAAGGUGUUUAAUUAUUAUGGAAAAUAAUGUCUAUAUGUCAUCCUGAUGACUAGCAGGCAAGAUGGCUGCUUGGAAUUGAUAUGGUGAGGGCACUAGUGAAUACUUGACUAAGUAUUGGAAAGCAUGUCAAGAAAGAACUGUCCCUCCUCCCCCAAACAAAGAAAGUCUAUACUAGAAGCAAUGAUCUGAGGAAAGCAAUAUUUAAGGACUUGUCACUGCUUAGCCAUUCAAUGAAGACCCCUUACUGAAUGUAUUAUCCCACCAUUUUUAGCUCUAUAUGCUGAGUGCCAUUGGAGACAAGAUUGUAAGAAAGAAUUUAAGACAUGGAAGUGCUAUUAAGUUUUAGGUAAAUCCCUGACAUUCCCUGUCAUGUUUGCCUCAUACUUCAGUGGAUUUGAGCAGGAAUAGCACUGUUUAGGGUUAGCUUCAUUUUAUGACAUAACAUAAUGUUUGUGGGGACCCAGCUCUUCUGCUUUGUAAAGCUGACAGAUUUUCCAAGGAAGUUAAGUCAAUUCCCAAAUACAGUCUUGCUUUCAGUAGAUGGAGAGCAUGGCAUCAACUGCCUCAAUGGGGAGCAGUUGAUCAGAAGCCCAAGUGAUCCCUACUGUUGGGUCUCCUGGGACUAGCAGCUGGGCAGAGUCACAGCAAGCUGGUCUCUCAGACAUCAGCAGAGCUCUAUUAAAGUCUCAGGAUAUGCAAGUGCAUCCUCAGGACAGAUCCCUGUGAGGCAUAGAGGGAGGCACUGAGCUCCAUGUAGAGCUGCUGUCUUUGGUGCUAGGGAUUGAGCCCAGAGCAUAGCACAUAUUAAACAAGCACUCCACUGCUAAACAAGAAACAAGCCCCAAAGCAGCAGUUUUAUCUGCCCAUAAGUCAACAUGGCUGCAUCCCUGGGAUCUUGCUAUCUUCCUCAUCUUCCAACUCAGGCUCAUUUUUGUAGGACAAUAACUUUUUUUUUUUUUACAAAACAAUUUGUGAAGAAUUUGACUGGGUAGAUGUGAGGACGUGUGAAUGCAGUUGCUCAGUGUGAUUGGGCAAGGGAUGUUGCAGAUAUUUUCAUGAUUUGCCAGUAGCCUGCAUGGUGACUAGCUGUGGAAAGAUCCCAUUGUUUUCUUCCUCCAAACUGGGAAACAGAAAUCAUACAGAAGAAAUAUCAUUUCAGUAUUUUGCUUGCUGACAUUUAGUAGGUACGAUCUGAAUUGAAAGGCUUCCUGACUUCUACAGUUUCCAGUGGUGAUUCAGUGAAGAUCAAAGAGUGGUGCUGUCCUCUGAGAGAAAGUGGAGCCUCUGUUCUUUCUCCUGCAGCACAGAAUUGUUUUAUAGAUGUGCCUGCAACAGACAAGAAUACUCCCAAUGUGCCUUCUCCUUAGCUCCUGAGAUAGGAUCUUGUUUUGUCCUAGCACCUUCCAUUCAGGAUACCCAUGUUUUGCAAGCCCUCAGUGCCCUCAUCCCUCCCCACGGAAGGGGACCUGCAUUUUAGGGGGACACCAGUGGUACAACAGCACCAAGUGUGUCUGAUGGCUGCCCCCAAAAGCUCUCUCUGAUCACAGUGAGUCUCUUAACACAACCACAUAGUCAUAGGCCGAAAAAGGGAAAGAGAUGCCUCUAUAGAAGAUUCACCUGAAAGAUGAAAGCAUAUGUUAUUUUUUCUGCUAUUAUGUAUAUGUGCUUUGUAAAAUGCUAAAGAAAAUAAAAAUGUAUUUUCAAAUUAUUGGAAAA